AUCUUGGAUUUUACUCUCCAUUUUUCUCUGGAAUUAUUUUUUGGUGAUUAAUUUUUUGAGGGGACGGGCGAGGGCGACCGGGCAGCGCGAGCCCGCGUCGCGGCGGCCGGCAGAGGGGCCUCGACGCGCCCGAGCAGGAGGCGGGCCGGCCGGCGGAGAGAACACUGAAAUUAUUCUCUAAGCUAUUUGAAGAGAGUGACUAAAUGCACCUGGGCCAGGCUGUCUGUGGGUAUGAAGUGGUUGGGAGAAUCCAAGAACAUGGUGAUGAAUGGCAGGAGAAAUGGAGGCAAGUUGUCUAAUGACCAUCAGCAGCAUCAGUCAAAAUUACAGCACACGGGCAAGGACACCUUGAAGACUGGCAAAAACGCAGUUGAGCGGAGAUCAAGCAGAUGUAAUGGUAAUUCUGGAUUUGAAGGACAGAGUCGUUAUGUACCAUCUUCUGGAAUGUCCGCCAAGGAACUCUGUGAAAAUGAUGACCUAGCAACCAGUUUGGUUCUUGAUCCCUAUUUAGGUUUUCAAACACACAAAAUGAAUACUAGCGCCUUUCCUUCGAGGAGCUCAAGGCAUUUUUCAAAAUCUGACAGUUUUCCUCACAACAACCCUGUGAGGUAGGUAGAGUGCACUACAAACAAUAAUAAGAUACCAACUAACACAUUCCAGCCUGUGUUUGCUGUUUAAUGCUAAGUAUUUUCAGAUGUUCUAGAACAUUUAGCAAACCUUUUUAAAUAGUUUGGCCUUAGUUAUAUAUUGUUUUAAAAACCACUUAUACUUCAUGACAGGGUAAUUUUAGGAGAAACAAAUCAUUCAUCAAAAGAUCAGGAGUCACUGCAUGGGAUUAGCUGAGUUCUGAUUGCAGGACUCUGCCAGGUAUGUUUUUGGUUCCUGUUUAUUUUUUAGGUCAAGAAGAAAUGGAGCUGUGGUCCUGUGACUCUUCCUGUUCGUGUCUGCAGACUGGCAAUUUGCAGUGAAUCUUUCUUCAGAGGGGGAAAUGUGUUCACUUUGUUGCCGCAUGGUUUUCUUAUUUUAUAUCUUAAAUAUUUGAGCAUUUUUUUUCUCUCUCCUCCUCUCUCCUGCCCUUUCUCCUUCUUUCUGUCCCCCUUUCUUCCCCUGUCCCCUCCAGUCAACUCUUGAUUGUACAUAAUAAUGGAAGGGCACAGUAGUACAGCUAAUACAAAUCUACAACUUUUCUUCAUUGCCACAGUGGUCUCUUGGGUUUGGAGACAGAAAAACCAAAUAGCAAGAAAGCCUGGAAAGUCAGUCUCUGGAGAGAGUGGGGAACAGAUUUCGGCCAAUUAAAGGAAGGCAAGAAGAACUAAAGGAAGUAAUUGAACGUUUUAAGAAAGAUGAGCACUUGGAGAAAGCCUUUAAAUGUUUGACUUCAGGUGAAUGGGCACGGCAUUAUUUUCUCAACAAGAAUAAAAUGCAGGAGAAAUUAUUCAAGGAACAUGUAUUUAUUUACUUGCGAAUGUUUGCGACUGACAGUGGAUUUGAAAUACUGCCUUGUAAUAGAUACUCAUCAGAACAGAAUGGAGCCAAGAUAGUUGCAACAAAAGAGUGGAAACGAAAUGACAAAAUAGAAUUACUGGUGGGUUGUAUUGCCGAACUUUCAGAAAUUGAGGAGAACAUGCUACUUAGACAUGGAGAAAACGACUUCAGUGUCAUGUAUUCCACGAGGAAAAACUGUGCUCAGCUCUGGCUCGGUCCCGCUGCGUUCAUAAACCAUGAUUGCAGACCUAACUGUAAGUUUGUGUCAACUGGUCGAGAUACAGCAUGUGUGAAGGCUCUAAGAGAUAUUGAACCUGGGGAAGAAAUUUCUUGUUAUUAUGGAGAUGGGUUUUUUGGAGAAAACAAUGAGUUCUGCGAGUGUUACACUUGUGAAAGACGAGGAACUGGUGCUUUCAAAUCCAGAGUGGGACUGCCUGCGCCUGCUCCUGUUAUCAAUAGCAAAUAUGGACUCAGAGAAACAGAUAAACGCUUAAAUAGGCUUAAAAAGUUAGGUGACAGCAGCAAAAACUCAGACAGUCAGUCUGUCAGCUCUAACACUGAUGCAGAUACCACUCAGGAAAAAAACAAUGCAACUUCUAACCGAAAAUCUUCAGUUGGUGUAAAAAAGAACAGCAAGAGCAGAACGUUAACCAGGCAGUCCAUGUCCAGAAUUCCCGCUUCCUCCAACUCUACCUCAUCUAAGCUAACUCACACGAACAAUUCCAGGGUACCAAAGAAACUGAAAAAGCCUGCAAAGCCUUUACUCUCAAAGAUAAAGCUAAGGAAUCACUGCAAGCGACUAGAGCAGAAGAAUAGUUCAAGAAAGCUCGAGAUGGGAAACUUAGUACUUAAAGAGCCUAAAGUGGUCCUAUAUAAGAAUUUGCCCAUUAGAAAAGACCAGGAGUCAGAGGGAUCAGUCCAAGCUGCAGUUGCCAGUGGGUGCUUGACUAGACAUGCGGCCAGAGAACACAGGCGGAAUCCUGGGAGAGGUGCUCACUCGCAGGGGGACAGCUCGCCCUGCACCUACACAACCAGGCGCUCGGCGAGGACCAGGGCAAACCCGCCGGAAGCCUCGGACAUCAAGCUAGAACCAAAUACGCUGGAUGGCUGUAAUGGCACGGCAGAACCUUGCCCAGACAGUGAUGAGCAGCCAGCCCCCGAUGUGCAGGAAGAACUGGCUAGCGAGACUGCACAGAAGGGGGAAGCACUGGGUCACAAGAGUGACCCGACCAUGUCUAGAAAGAAAUCGCGACAAGGAAAACUUGUAAAGCAGUUGACAAACAUAGCAGAGUCCACCCCGGUGCAUGACUGCCCUGGACAGGAGAGCAACGUGCCAGAUUUGAUGGCACCCCACUCUGACCAGGGUGAGCCCAGCGGUGUGGCAGGGGUGCCCAUGAGCUACACAGACUGCACUCCCUCGCCUGUCGGGUGCUCAAUCGUCACGUCAGACAGCUUCAGGGCGAAGGAUGGCUUUAGAACUGCUAAAAGCAAAAAGAAGCGGCGAAUUACAAGGUAUGACGCCCAGCUAAUCCUGGAAAAUAACUCUGGGAUUCCCAAAUUGACUCUCCGUAGGCGCCAUGAUAGCAGCAGCAAGACAAACGACCAAGAGAAUGACGGGAUGAAUUCUUCCAAAAUAAGCAUCAAGUUAAGUAAAGACCAUGAAAAUGAUAAUAAUCUCUAUGUAGCAAAGCUUAAUAAUGGAUUUAACUCAGGAUCAGGCAGUAGUUCUACAAAAUUAAAAAUCCAGCUAAAACGGGAUGAGGAAAGUAGAGGGCCCUAUGCAGAGGGGCUUCAUGAAAAUGGGGUGUGCUGUAGUGAUCCUCUCUCUCUCCUGGAGUCCCAGAUGGAGGUGGAUGACUACAGUCAGUAUGAGGAGGAAAGUACAGAUGACUCCUCCUCUUCAGAGGGAGACGAAGAGGAGGAUGACUAUGACGAUGACUUUGAAGAUGAUUUUAUUCCUCUUCCUCCGGCUAAGCGACUGAGGCUAAUAGUCGGGAAAGACUCUAUAGAUAUUGACAUUUCUUCAAGGAGAAGAGAAGAUCAGUCUUUAAGGCUUAACGCAUAAGCUCUUGGUCUUAAUUUGACCUGGGAUAACUACUUUAAAGAAAUAAAAAUUCCAGUCAAUUAUUCCUCAACUGAACCAUUUGAGUGGCAGCACUUCUAUCGUCUCUUCACGUAUCAGCAUAAUAUUGUAGAAAGUGUACAGCGUACUGACUCUUCCUAAGUCUGAUUUGUGCAGAUUUUUAUCGUACUUUUUAAAUAGCCUUCUUAUGUGCAAUUCUCAGUUAGAGGUGAAGCCCUAUUGUAAAAUAAAGGCUCCAGCAAAAUUGUACAGUGAUAGCAACUUUCCACACAGGACGUUGAGACAAUAAUGUGGCUACACAACUUCUUUUUUUUUUUUUUUUUAACUUUUAAGAGCAUCAGCUGGCUCUUUAAUAUAUGACUAAACAAUAAUUUAAAACAAAUCAUAGUAGCAGCAUAUUAAGGUUUUCAAGUAUAUGCUAAUAUCACCAGCAAUGAUCUUUGGCUUUUUGAUUUAUAUUUGCUAGAUGUUUCCCCCUUGGAGUUUGUCAGUUUCACACUGUUUGCUGACCCAGGUGUACUGUGUGUGGCCUCUGUUAACAUAGCCAACCAUCAGUCGGGAGUCAAAUUGGUUUCUUUACAAAACAAAAAAAUACCAUCACACGCGAGACAGCUCACUGUUCAGUACACUGUAUGUACCAGGUUAGCAGCGUGCAGGAUGCGUUUCAAAACAGCGUAUUUAUUGCUUGUCAUGUAAAUUAAAGACCUUGUAUUUAACACUUUUCAAUCCUUUUAGAUAAAAUUGUUCUUUGCAAGAAUGAUUGGUGCUUAUUUUUUCAAAACUCUGCUGUGAACAUGCGAUGGCAACAAGCAACGUUAUCUAAUGAACUACAGCUAUCUUAAUUUGGUUCUUCAAGUUUUCUGUUGCACUUGUAAAAUGCUACAAGGAAUAUUAAAAAAAUCUAUUCACUUUAACUUAUAAUAGUUUAUGAAAUAAAAACAUGAGUCACAGCUUUUGUUCUGUGGUAACCUAUAAAAAUGUUUGUCUUUGGAAUUCAAUGUAAAGAGCUGAAAACAAUGUAUAUGUUGUAAAUAUUUGUGUGUUGUGAGAAAUUUUUGUCAUAAGAAAUUAAAAGAACUUACCAGGAAGGUUUUUAAGUUUAGAAAUAUUCAUGCCAAUAAAAUAGGAAAUUAUAAAUAUAUAGUUUUAAGCACUGCCUCAGUGGGAGUUCUCAGCUUAUAUUAGUUUAUUAUUAAAAUAUCAAAGUUUUUUGAUUAUAUUAUCAGUUAAUCAAAAAGGAGUCAGAUUUGUUUUUUCAAGCACUUUGAGAAGAGAAAUUAAUUUUAAGUAACUUAAUGAGCAAAUUUUUGAUUAUUUUAUGUUCAAUACCAGGCUCUUUCAUUUUUCUGGAUUAUUUUAGAAAUCAAAGAAUUCGGGAAUAUAAGUCUAUAGCCGGUGUUUAACACCAGCAAAUCUCUGUUUCCUGGGAAAUGUGUACAUGUGCUUUCAGAUGAGUCAGGUCAACUUAGGGGGUUCUUGUAGUGUCUAGAAAAGUAGCCCAUGUCUUAAACUACUCAGAGGGAUCUGCAGGUAACAAGAAAGUCCAGUGAAGGAAACCUCAAUGCUUCACUGUUAUUUCUACUUGAUACCCACCACUUUUCACGUUUGGGGGACAUUGUUUAAAUUAAGCUCCUCAAAACUAGUGCCAGUAGGUUGCAGAUAGAAAGUGGGGGAGCCUGAGAGGCCUUUGCUCCUGGAGCCCUGGGUCGUCCUGUGCAGUCCCAACGUGGCUUCUCACGGUCAGGCUGAUCCUCAGGGAUUGAUUUGGAAGCAGGCGUGGACCUCCCCCCAACACAUGCCCCUUCUCGCUGCAGCUCUUGAGGCAGGGCAACCCUACCUGGCCUCGGGCUCCUGUCCCCAGACACUGUCCAGUCCUCAUGGGGUCCUGCACAGAAGCAUGAGGCCUGGACCACGCACGGGAGGAUGAAGAGGGGCCCUCUGGAGCAGGCGGGCAGUGGGUCACCUCUCAUUCCCACCUUUGCUUGGGGUAUUUUGAAGAGGUUCAGAGACUAAACCUCAAAGGUUUUUUUUGAAUACCAACAAUAGCCAUUUCAGGAAUUUCAGUCUUAAGGAAAAAGUAACAAAACACAUUUCCCAUUUUUCUCCACGUUGAAGCUUAAUUUUAGUAACUUAUUUAUGAUGUUUUAAUUUUAUUAUGGCCUCAUCUUUUGAGGCUGACCUCCCCGUGGGUCUCAGAGCAGUGACAUUUGGUGACAGUCGCUGCUUCUCAGGAGUCGGUAUGCACAAGCACUCAGCGGCCGCUGGGAUGCCUUCUAGGGCGCCCUAAUUUCCGUUUUUAAAGGUAGGGGCCUCGGGACUGUUCUCAGCCUGCUGUAGAACGUCACUGUGUGGGAGACAAAAGCCACACACUCUUGACCAGUUUGGAAGAGGUUACAUUCAAUAAAACUUUUAGCUUGAGCUUAUGCAAUGAUUGGUAAAGUUUUUGGCAUUGUAAGAAUUAGGAAAUGAUCAUAGAAAUAUAUGUAAAGUAUUCAAUUUUCAAUCAUUUUUCAAAUUACUGUUUUAAAUUGUUUUGCUGAGUUGUAAUACUUUUGAGAUACAAUGUAUUCCUUGUACUGAAAGAAUGAAAAAGGACUUUUUCAGCAUUUGAGGUAAGUUCUUUAACGUUUCAUUAAAAACAUUUUUUACAAAUAUUUUGUACAUGCACUUGCAGUAUUGAGGUUAAUCAUUUUAAUAAAUUCGGAAAUUAAAACAA